CCGAGAUAAGAAACUAAGUGUUUCUCUAGAGACAGACAUGGUGGCUGUGUUUCUGUUCGUCCUGACCCUGGUCGGGGCUUGGUGUGCUCCGAAUGUAUUACAAGAUGGCGACUUCGAGGCUGGGAGUCCCACCAGGGCGUGGUCGUGCUCGUGUGACAUGACCCUGUCCCCAGACAGCCACACCGGAAGUCACAGUGUCAAGGUUCACAACAGAAGGUCAAGGUCAGGUCCCGCCCAGGUGGUCCCCGUGCAGCCCGGACACAGGUACUCCUUCACUGCCUACAUCCAGCUGCUGAACCAGCUUCCUGGCCACCUCUACCAUGGCGUCAACAUCAACGUAGACGUGGUCACAACAACAGGCAGCCAUCACCACGACAAGAUGGGCAAGUCUCCCUACAUUCAGCUUGGCACAGGGUGGCACCUCAUAGGAGGGGACUAUCUCAUACCUAAUGACACCAAAACCUUUAAGGUGUAUAUUGAAGUCGACCAACCACAAGUCAACUACCUACUUGACUCUGCCACAUUUGAGGAAGUACUUCCUCUACGCAACUUCCGGUCUGCAGCAGAUGACAGGAUAGAGAAGCUGAGGAAAGCAAACGUCACCAUCAAACUCUCUGGCUCACACAUCGACCCGAGUGGAUUAACUGUGGAUCUGGAACAGACAUACAGCGAGUUCAUCAUCGCCUCAGCUCUUCACGCCGAUAUGAUAGUGGACCCCAAUUACAAGAAGUACCAGGACUUCUUCUACCAGAACUUUGAGUGGGGAGUUCCAGCGAAUGCCCUCAAGUGGAAAGGCACUGAACGAAAGGAGGGACAUCUCCGGUACUCGAAGCCCUUCACUGCCGUCGACGCCCUCCUUAAACACGGAAAGAAAGUCAAAGGCCACAAUAUAUUUUGGGACGUCGUGAAGAACAUCCCUACAUGGCAGUACAACAAGUCAGGAGCUGAACUCAAACGUCUCAUGGCCAAACGGAUCCACGAAUUGGUGGGCGGGCUCAAGGGGAAACUCCAACACUGGGACGUCAACAACGAGAACCUACACGGGGACUUCUACGAGCAGAAACUCAAAGAUCCCAACAUCACCAUGUGGAUGUUCAGAGAGACGCACAAAGCUGAUCCAGCUGUCAAACUCUUCCUCAACGACUACAACAUUGUGAAGAGUCAGAUGAGCACCUUCGCGUACCUGGACCAGGCAACGACUUUCAGGAAGUCUGGAGUUCCUGUUGGUGGUAUUGGAAUACAGAGUCAUAUGACGCCACCAGUUGACCUUGCUGCUGUCAAGUUCCGUCUGGACCAGGUGGCCAAGGCAGGUCUUCCCAUCAUGAUCACAGAGCUAGAUGUGGACACAGCGGACGAGCAGGAGAAGGCUCGUAUCUACGAGGACCUCUACCGCCUCUACUACAGCCACCGCGCUGUUGAGGGAAUAGUACAGUGGCAUUUCUGGAGCGGGGGGAUUGGGAAACCCCACGCAGUGCUGACAGAGGGCCCGGAUGUCACGCCAAACGCUGCAGGCAGGAUAGUUCGCCAGCUCGUAUGGGAAGACUGGAGGACCAAUCAGACACUCCCGAUAUCACGUGACCACGACGUUAACAUACGGGCAUUCAAGGGAGAGUACAAAUUGAGAGUGAAGCAUCAUGGGAAGGUUAUCCGCGAGGAGGACUUCAACCUGGGGCAGGCGGGUGUGGAUCUGACUGUGUCUCUCAGCGGAUCAGGUGCAUAUCCACAGGUGUCCCACGUGCUGAUCGGAUGAACACCUGCACGUGCUUUCUGAGAGUUCGUCUUCACACACUGUAAUGAUCUCUCCAUUAAUGGCUGUAAUAAACACAUACAACACA